UCACAAACGUCACAAACGUCACAUUUCAUUUACGUCAUUCGGGUUUAUUGACGAUAAAAAGCAACUUUCUUCGGCUUGUAAAUUUUGCACUGAACGUUCGCCGAGAACCGAUCGGGAUUAAAGGGAAAAUUGAUCGAAAAUACCUUUCGAUCGGAUUUUUAAUUGUUCGAAGUGUGCGCGAAGAAAUAUUUCCAAAAAAGUAUUCGCUCUCUACAAUGACGUGCAGUAGUGACGUAUUUGUGGGAUAAUCCGAAGGCAGUUAUUUACAAAUAUUUUUCGAGUAGGAAACCGACGACCGCGAGCGCACAAACACGCCGGGAAUCGCUGAUUGUUCUCGGUUUUACCUGGUGGUUUCGCUUCAGUCGAGUUUGAGAUGCCUCCGGCGGAAGAGACCCGCAGAAGGUCCCCUUCUGACUACAUUUUCGGCAAAGUCCUCGGCGAAGGGAGCUACAGCACCGUUUACCUAGCCAAAGACGUGCAUACGAAUAAAGAACAUGCCAUUAAAGUGGUGGAGAAGGCUCACGUUAUAAGAGAGAAAAAAACCGAAUCUGUGAUGAGAGAAAAAGAAGUCCUAAGGAUCCUAGGGAAUUCGUGUCCUUAUUUUGUCCGAUUGUACUGGACGUUUCAAGACACUGAUCGUUUGUACUUUGUCCUGAGCUACGCCAAAAACGGCGAUGUUUUGGGGCAAAUCGAGAAGCACAAUCGAAUGAGCAUCGAUUGCACCCGAUAUUACCUAGCAGAACUGAUUUUAGGUUUAGAGUAUUUACACAGUAAGAACAUCAUCCACAGGGAUUUGAAACCGGAGAAUCUUCUGUUCGACGAGAACUGGCAUUUGUUGAUAACUGACUUCGGCAGCGCCAAGAUUAUUAGUACAGAAAACGGGCGCUCGGUGGAAGAGAGCAGCAUCGGGGAGCCCGAGAAAGGGGAGCGUUGCAAGCGGAGGAACAGCUUCGUCGGUACCGCCCAAUUCGUCAGCCCCGAAAUGCUCACCGAGACCCAAUCGAGCCACGCUUCGGACCUGUGGGCCCUUGGCUGCAUAGCCUUUCAAAUGGCCUGCGGUCGGAUGCCCUUUAUCGGCGGAAGCGAGUAUCUGAUAUUCCAGAAGAUCCUCAAAUUGGAGUACGCGUUUCCCGACGACUUCCCCAGAGAAAUCAAGAGUUUAGUAGAAAAAUUAGUAGUGUUAGAGCCUAGUAAAAGACUCGGCGCAUCGGACGAGAGGCGGUACUCUAGCCUAAGAGAGCACGAGUUCUUCGCCAUGCUCAACUGGGACGACUUGGGCCCCCCGCCUAGACUGUCCGAAGACUGCCCUGAGACCGCCGGCCAGGAGAUUCCGGACCACUUGGAGCCGGGCCUGGACGAGGAGAAGGCCUCUAGGUUACACCUGAACCUGUUGAGUCCGAGUCCGGUGAGCACCAGGAAAAAAUCGCCGCCCAAUAGGAAAAUCACCGAUCUCACGGAAGCGGAGAUCAAGCAAAGACUGGAGGCCCAGAAGAGCAACAUUUACCACAGCUUCGUCGAAGACAAUUUGAUAUUGAAACAGGGUUUUAUUGAUAAGAGAAAGGGUAUAUUUUCGCGAAGGCGGAUGUUUCUGUUGACUCUCGGGCCUCAUUUAUACUACGUGGAUCCCGUUACUAUGACACUAAAGGGGGAGAUACCUUGGAGUAGCGAAUUGAAGGCCGAGGCGAAGAAUUUUAAGAUAUUUUUCGUCUACACGCCUAACAGGAAGUACUAUUUAGAAGAUCCCGAAGGAUACGCCUUGGAAUGGUGUAAAGCUAUAGAGGAUUUAAAAACGUUUUACUAUCCAGAAGAGACUUGAUACGAAUUGAUUCUAGCAUAAUUUACCUCGUUCCCUCUAUUUAUUGCUAAAUUAUUUCCCACGUAAGUUACUAGUUGAAUUGUUAUAUUUUUGUCUCGUUUAAUAUAUUGUGUAUAAAUUAUUCUCUAUUAGAUACGUAUUUAAGCUAUUUAUUUAUCGUAAUAGGCAAUUUUGAUGAUUUUUAAAAUAAAAAUAUUUACAGUU